CACGGUUCAGCAAGGCAACUAUCAGCGCUCAACCGCAUUAGCAACCAUAACACGCUCAAAGCGCGCAACUUUCUACAAUUUAAAAUUACAAUUUAAACAAACGGAAGAAACUAACCAAAUUUUACACAAAAUGAAUUUUCGUGCUAUCUUCAUCGUAUUCGCUGUUCUUGUGGCAAUCUUCGUCGGACAGACCGAAGCUGGGUGGCUAAAGAAAGUUGGCAAAAAAAUUGAACGCGUCGGUCAACAUACACGAGAUGCCACUAUAGAGACGCUCGAUGUGGCUCAACAGGCCGCCAAUGUUGCUGCGACGGUCAAGGGUUAAUAAAUUUACCUUAGAAUUGGAGAUGUGCUAUUUUCAAGCAAAGCUUUAAUUUAUGCUUGUUUACCUUAUAGUAUUAAUAGCAAUUUGUAAUUUAGCGAUUACAAAUUAUUUUAAAUAGAUA